AAAUCGAUCGCAGUCAUUACGUUUCCGUAUACGUCAAAUUUCAUUAGAUGCGACAGAUCGACCCACAGACAAAUCGCAAGUGAAUACGCGCUAUUGCCAAUCGAUCUUUCGACGCACAAAGUGAGCUUUGGCAACUUGAAACAUCGACUAAUUAUGAAUAAUCUAUCUACUUGUCGUCUUUCACGAGACCGAGCAGCCGCAAUUUCUCGCACGUCUCGCGACGAUCAGGCAAUUAUCGCCUCACUAUAGGCUGGCUAUGUAAUGUCAAGGACGCAAGGCACACGCUUAAGUACACGCUUAAUUGAAGAAGAAUUUGGACCAAUGACGCUCCAGAAAUUCAAAGUAGCAUUAAAGCUGUUGGGCAUUACUUAACGUGUGGCAAACAUAUCGUUUAAAGUCGGCCGGCGGUAAAGCUGUGUUGGCAACAACUAUUUAUAAGCUCUCAACUAUGGUCGUCGGUUAUUGAUAACGCAAUCGCCUUGCGCGAAACUCUUUUUCCCGGACGCCCGCUGCAUCUCGCAGAGUGGAAUUUACUGGACUAAAAGGAAUAAUCCAUCACGCGGAAGAGGUUGAGCGCGAGUGACGAUCGCGAGUGACUGUGUCGCGUGCAAGAGCAGCCGCAAAUUUCGUUAAGUACUAUAAAGUCUACUUGGAGGAAUUGUCCAAUCUCCUGGAUUCAAGUUGGAGAACGGAAAACCAGUCGUUCUUCUCAGCUCGCCGAAGGCAUUAAGCACCGGUGGUUCGCGCAGCCACAUUUCGCGAUCGGGAUCAAUGUGACCGGCAGAUUUAUCGAUCAUCAACACACGAGCCAUCCACUUGUCAUUUUUUGUGAUAUUCUGGUUGUGAUCGAGUGGAUGCUACUCGUUGUGCGCUGCAUAAUUAUAGACGAAAGCGUAAUCGUAUGCAGCGCCUAACACGAGGACGACCAACGAUUUAAAUAACCACGAUACCCGUCAAGGUACUCAGAUAAAUUUCCUGACUGCGAACUCAACGAGCGGCCGAGAUGGCGAGCGUGGACAAAGAUCUCGAGGAGCUCAUGUCCCACCUGGGUGAAUUCGGCAAAUAUCAGUUCCGGCAGUACUGCCUUCACUUACUCGCCGCCCUUACGGCCGGUGUACACAUGCUGUCUCUACUGACAGUCGCGGCGGUGCCGACGCAUCACUGUGACAUCCCGAAAGCGAAUGUGUCGUCCGUCCUGACCAAGGAGUUGUUCAACUACACCGUUCACAACUGGAACGAUUCCUCAGACGUGCUAGAACAUCUUCCACGCCGUCUCGAUAGCUGUCACUAUUUGGACCGCGAAAACGUUACCCGGGAAUGCGACUCGUGGACCUACGACACGACGCACUUUCAAUCCUCGCGCGGCAUGGAGUGGAACUUCGUUUGCUCGCAACGUUGGAUGGGUGCCGCGGCGCAAUCCUCGUACAUGUUCGGCGUAUUCGUGGGCGCGGUUACCCUCGGCAGUAUGGCAGACAAGUACGGCAGGAAAAUUAUAUUCUACGUCUCCGCCGUGGCACAGUUGACACUCGGAGUAUUAGUCGCCUUGAUCAACAACUACUAUAUUUUCCUAGCGAUCCGUUUCCUGUACGGUAUCUUUGGCUCCGCCGGCGCGUACAUCACCGGAUUCGUGCUGACGAUGGAAUUGGUGGGUCCGUCCAGGAGGACCGUGUGCGGCAUAUUGUUUCAAUUGGCCUUUGCCGCAGGUUUUAUGCUGGUGGCUGUGUGGGGCGCCGUGCUCAAGGACCGCAUGUGGCUGCAGAUUGUAUACGGUAUGCACAGCGCGGUCCUACUCGGCCACUGGUGGUGGAUGGACGAGUCGCCCAGGUGGCUGUGGGCGCACAAUCGCGCCGCCGAGGCGAUUAUCAUCGUACAGAAGGGUUUAAAGGUGAACGGCAGCAACGUCCACGUGGACGCCGCCAAGUUAAUCAGCAAAUCGAAGGUGCAGCAAGAGACCAAAGAGGACAAGUCGCACGGCGCGCUGGAUCUCUUCAGGACACCGAAUCUCCGCAAAAAAAGUCUGAAUAUCUGCCUCAACUGGUUCGCCAACUCGAUCGCUUAUUAUGGACUGGCGCUCAAUAUGGGCAAUCUCGUCGGCAAUCCGUUUAUCAUGUUGUUCCUCAGCGGCGUGCUGGAGUUUCCGGUAUACAUUUUGAUAAUAUUCACCAUGGACCGCACCGGUAGGCGAUGUCUGGUCAGCGCGUUCUUGAUGAUAGGCGGGUUGUGCUGUAUAUGCGCCGCCAUCAUCACCGGCGCCACCGACGAACUGGCGGCCGUGGCCAAGGUCACGAUAGUGCUCCUGGGCAAGGGUUGCAUUGCUGGCUCUUUUGCCAUAGUGUACAACUACACGGCCGAGCUGUUUCCCACGGUGGUGAGGAACACGGCGCUCGGUAUCGGCUCCAUGUGCGCUCGUCUCAGCGGCGCUCUCACGCCUAUGAUCUUCCUGCUGGACUCGCUGGACCCGCGAAUGCCAGCCGGGUUCUUCGGCCUCGUCGCUCUGGUGGCAGGCUUCCUGGCGCUCUACCUGCCAGAAACGCUGAAUCAACCGAUGCCGGAGUCCAUCGAGGACGGCGAGAACUUCGGCAAGGGCGACACUUGCUUCACCACCUGCAUGGGCGGCGGCGCGAAAACCGCCACGAGCGAUCGCGACGUCACGAUGAACAAGAUACACGAAAAAGACGAAAAGGAGAAAUUGAAUGAUAUAUAAACGACCGUAUUGUCUUAGGAAGUGCCUUCAAUUAGUAUUUAUAGCUAUAAUUCGCUGAGAUAAAAACGGACAUACCUUGGUCUUGACAUCAUGCGGACAUCGUACUGCGUAGAUGAUACUGAUAUUAGAAAUUACAAAUACUUUUUUUAAUUAGUCUAACUAAAUAUGCCAGCUAAUAAUACGCACAAUUUACUAUUAAAAAGAAGACAUUUAGAAAUAAUUUAUAUAUCAUGUACAAAUAAAGCGAGAGAGAAUUAUUUCUUAAAAUUGCAUAUAUGUAUAUAUACACAUACAGGGUGUCCCAGGUUUUUCCGUAACAAACUUUACUAUUAUAGUACGUUCUAUUAGCAGAAAUAAGAAAUAAAUGUUAUAUAAACAUAGAUCCCAAAAUGCUUUAUUAGAAAGUUAUAGCAAUAAAGGUUAAAAUUUUA